AUGAGUGUUCUUCGUCCUAACAAAGGAAAUGUUUGUGGUGAAGCCUUUAACCAGUGGAGGGGAAAGUGCCCCCCUGUGGAGAGCCCCUGUCAGCCUCAGACCUGGGCAGGCCCUGUCCCCUCCAUACUGCCCAGCGGGUCGCCCCUGGACCCACUCCCACAUGUACGCAAAGGGACCAGAAACAUGUGGAUAUACUGUAUCAGCCCAGGGAUUGAGGAGGAGACUGAGGAGGAGGCUGAGGAGGAGACUGAGGAGGAGACUGAGGAGGAGACUGAGGAGGAGACUGAGGAGGAGGCUGAGGAGGGAAACAGGGCGUCAAAGUCAAACUAA